CCUGAAACCACCACAUUCACCCACAACCACCGCCUUCUACGCUAUGACAUCCUGAAAUCAAAAGAAGGCAAUGGAUCAUCCACCCAGGGCUAGGGCUAGACUCCCUCUUGUCCUAUUCAUCUUAGCGUUUUUAUCCCUGUCUGUCAUCUUUUUUGGAUCAGAUAAAGCCCGGUCCGGAUCAAUUGCCAGGAUAACUCACAAGUUCGAUUCUGGCUUAACCACUUUGGUCAUGCCAUUGAGGCGUGUUGAUGAUUUGGAAGAGGCAUUGGCUGGAGCUGCAACAAGAUACAAAACGGUGAUUUUAACAAUGGUGAAUAAAGCCUACGUUGAGGGAGAAAAAGCAAUGCUCGACAUAUUUUUGGAUGGGUUUUGGAUGGGAGAAGGUACACGGCCACUUGUUAAUCAUCUUUUGAUCAUUGCGGUGGAUCAAACCGCGUAUGAACGAUGCAUGUUUCUUAGGCUACAUUGUUACAAAAUGAAGACAGAUGGUGUUGAUUUCGUGGGUGAGAAGAUGUACAUGUCGGAAGAUUUCAUCAAAAUGAUGUGGCAAAGAACGCGUAUUCUUGGAGACGUUCUUAGGCGUGGAUACAACUUCAUCUUCACGGAUACAGAUGUAUUAUGGUUAAGAGAUCCAUUUCCAAGGCUAAACUUAAACCAUAAGAUAGAUCUUCAGAUCAGUGUUGACGAGUUUAAUGGCAACCAAUGGUCUGAAAAAGGCCAGAUGAUCAACACUGGUUUCUACAUGAUCAAAUCAAAUAACAAAACGAUUACGUUGUUCAACGAAUGGUACGCAAGAAGGGAUAACUCAACAGGGAUGAAAGAACAAGAUGUUCUUGUUGAACUAAUGAAGAAAGGUGCUUUUAAACGGUUAGGCAUUGGAGUUAGGUUCUUAGACACGGUUUUUUUCAGUGGAAUUUGUGAAGAUAGUAGAGAUGUUAGGGCUGUUGUAACUGUUCAUGCCAAUUGUUGUCGUAGUAUCAAAGCCAAAGUGCAUGAUUUGAAGAGGAUUAUGCUUGACUGGCAGAGGUUUAAGGCGUCCCCAAUCGAUGAGACUUCGGAAUUUGCAUGGUCAAAUCAUUCCGCAUGUGCUGAGUCUUGGAAACAAUGACUCAUUUUGUUGUACUUUUCUCUGACCAAAAUUGUAUUUUAAA